AUCUCACAGAGCGAUAAUCCUCAAGAGGAAUUCAGAAGUACAAAAUCUAGUGAUGAUGUGAUAAGUCCAUCUGAAAUACCGAAAUCACUUUCUCAAAGCUCACCUCCUGAGCAUGAAGGUAGCAUCCAAGUGAAAAAGUUUCCGACUCCAGAAUUAAGAAAGUGUUCCGGAAAAAACAUCUCAGGCUGUGAUUUGACUAAGAAUUCAAGAGAUAAAAUUCUGGAACUACCAUUCUCGAACCGUUAUCAAAUUUUACUUGUUACAGCGGACAGAAAUUCAGCAAAAGGGGAGUCGAAGGACGAAAAUGGUUUUAUAUUUUACAAAUGUCGUUUCUGCGGACUUACUUAUAACUACCUGACAACACUGCGAGCUCACGAACGUGUGCAUAAUAUUGAUGAGCCGUAUAAAUGCAAUCGAUGUUCCGAAUCGUUUCAUUACCUGUGUGAAUUAGAAUACCAUGCUAAGCAACAUACAGGUAGCUGUUGUUCUCCAUCUGCUUAUUACAUGAUGUUAAUCUAUAUUUGCUUAUAUUUAACUGAACAAGAUUUAAAGGGUUAUAAAUGUGAGUGUGGCAGAACAUUUCAUACUUACACCGAUUUGCUGUAUCACAAACAUCCAGAAGAUGAGAAUGAAGAAGUAAUUGUUUCAAAAGAACCCAUAAAGAAACCUGCUUCCUCUCCUGUACCUGAAGAUAGUUUUCCCGUUCCUGAAUUCAUGGAAAAAGGAUUUGAGCCAAAGCAUCCUAUGAAGGUCUAUUCUGAUAUCCGCCUUAAUCCCUACAUUUGCCAAUACUGUUCGAAGAGUUAUCCGAAUAGCAGAAUGUUGGCAUAUCAUAUGUAUGGACAUCGAGGUGAAAAAAUAUUCAACCCUCGCGCUUCGAGAUAUUUGAUGGCACGAAGUGAGACUUCUUUCUCUCGAAGUUUAGGAAGUCCAAAAGGAACUUUAUAA